AGAGAAAAACGUCAAAACAAUUUAUUAUCAAUACAUUAAUGUGCAUAUGAAAACAAAUCGUGUUACUUAGAAGAAGAAAAAAAAAGUUCACAUUUUUUGACGAGCAAAGAAUGUGGUCAAGAUCGUGUAUUCUGUGAAAAAUCUGAAUGAAAUGUCGUCGUUUACCGAAACAUUUAAUAACCGAGAGCCACCGUGUGUUACACGAGAUGCAGCUUGGUCGCGAACACAUCGUGAUCUUCAAGCAACAGCGAUGUCCAUCGAUUACUCUGGUCAAUGGGUACUUUUGGCUGGAAGACGACAUUUGGCAUUACAAAAACUCGACCCGGACCAAACGAAUGAUGAUAACUUUCUACGGAAAUACCAUCGUAAUUCAAAACACGAAAUAACGGCGGCUGAAUGGGCGAUUUGUGAUGAAUCACAGGAAUAUUGUGCGAUUGCAACGAGUCAACUUAUUGAAGUGGUGACUUGGCGAUCGGGCGAUCCGAACCUAAUCCAUUCCCUACGUGCACACACGAGGGUUAUCACGGACAUUGACUGGCAUUCAAAAACACCGUAUUUACUGGCCAGCUGUUCUAUCGACACAUUUACACAUUUAUGGGAUUUGCGAGAUCCGAAAAAACCUACCAUGUCAUUGAGCGCCGUUUGCAUGUCCGGAGCCACGCAAGUUGGAUUCAAUCGAGUAUCGGGAAAUCUAUUGGCCACAGCUCACGAUGGCGAUUUAAGGAUAUGGGAUGUACGCAAAGGUGCGUGUCCAAUUCAGUAUAUCACAGCGCACUUGGCUAGAAUUCACGGAAUAAAUUGGAGCCAUAAACAAGAGACACACCUUACGACGGCCAGUCAAGAUGGUACGGUGAAAUAUUUUUGUAUCAACAAUCCGAGACGAGCAGAAAAAAUCAUAACAACAUCAUCACCAGUUUGGCGAGCGCGAUACACUCCAUUUUCCGACGGUUUGGUAACUGUAAUAGUUCCUAAUUUGGGUCGAGGUGAGAAUAGUUUGUUGCUGUGGAAUAAUGCACGACAAAGUGCGCCGAUUUGCUCCUUCACAGGCCACAGUGAUGUUAUCCUAGAUUUUUCAUGGCGACCAAAUCGACAUUAUGAUAACACUGACAUGGAACUGGUGACAUGGUCACGAGAUCAGACAUUACGCGUAUGGAAUGUUGAUGAAACGAUACAAAAGAUGUGUGAACCAGAAACUCCGGAUGAAGAAGAAUCAGUUUCAACUGAUAUUCUCUUUGAUGGGAUUCCAAUCAAGCCUAAAUCAGUUCUGUCAAAACCAAAUAGCCUACCAACAAAUCAGCAUCAAUCAAUACCAACAUUACAAACCGAAAUAACAAAGCCAAUGCCAAAAUUUUCAUUGCAACAUGAAUUCUCGUUGCUUAACACAAAUAUUCCACACAUCGAUGUUGAGGUGCUCGAUGCAGUGAAACGGCAUGCCAUGAUCCGUAUAUCAGUCAACGGGCAUGUCAUUAUGUUACAAGUUGUUUUUCCUGAAAAUUAUCCACAUGUUGACUAUCCACCGGAUUUUAUUUAUUGUCAAGGCACCUCGAUAGAUGACAAUUUGGCAGAGUCAUUGAAUGAAGUUUUGAAAUUGAAUGCACAAAAUCGAUUGCGGAAAGGAAAAACAUGCUUGGAACAAUGUUUAAGGGCAUUGGUUACUACAUUGAAAAAGAUAACCAGCACCGGCGAUAAAUCUUAUCUUCGAUUGCAAUCACCAAGAUUGGAAGGUGCAUUAAGCGGUGCACUGCACGAUGCAUGCGUUCCUUUUCCAAAAACAUGCGGUGCACGAUUUUGCCAAGUUGGAAUUUUGGUCACAUUCAUUC